GUAACAGGUGUGUAGGACGCUAUUUUAUUACUUACCUGCCGCAGGUGACUAUGGUAGAAGUCAAACAAACUAACUGACGAACUGAAGCGAAACAAGUCACAGUUGAUAAAAUGAAUAACCCAAUCCCGUCCAACAUGAAGUCCGAGGCGAAGAAAGCUGCCAAGAUCCUCCGAGAGUUUACUGAUAUCUCCAAUGGCACUGGUGCUGACAAACUCAUCCCAGCCAAUAUAUUAGCCAGGUGUCAGGGCCUGGCCAUCAUCACAGUGAUCAAGGCAGGCUUCAUGAUCACAGCUCGAGGCGGCAGCGGUAUAGUCAUCGCUAGACUGGCUGACGGACGUUGGUCUGCUCCCUCUGCCAUUGGUAUAGCUGGUCUGGGCGGUGGCUUUGAGAUUGGAGUUGAGGUAUCAGACCUGGUGGUGAUUCUGAUGCAACGCAGAGCGGUGGAUUCGUUCUCUAAAGGAGGGAACCUCACUCUGGGGGGCAACUGUACUGUGGCGGUGGGACCGAUGGGGAGGAACUUGGAGGCUGAUGUAGCCCUACGUAGUACAGCAGCCGUGUUUACGUACUGUAAGUCCAGAGGGCUGUUUGCUGGAGUCUCUCUGGAGGGAUCCUGCCUCAUAGAACGCAAAGACACCAACCGCAAGUUCUACUCCCAGGACAUCCGUGCAUCGGCCAUAUUGAAUGGAGAUGUAGAACCUCCCCCAGAAGCUGAUGACCUGUACUGUGUCCUGGAGACGUACACAGAAAAAUACACUACGGAGUGGACGGCCAAACACCUGGAGCAGAAGGCCGUUCAUUCCAGUGGUCCUCCAGCUAGACCCCGAGCUCCUGCAACACAGAGACCUGCUAGCACAUACAGGACGGAGGCAGUGAAGCCCUCCCUCUAUCCAAGCAUCUCUACCUUCAAAUCUGGCAGCACAGAAUCCUAUAAGAGAAGUCCAAGUAGCAGAAGGACAGUCCAAAAUGAUUACGGUGGGGUCGAGACGUGGGACGCGGGGCCUGUAGUCGUCACGGCGGUACACCCGUUCACAGGACAACAGCCUGGCGACCUGAGCUUCAACCCUGGCGAUCGCAUCACUGUGGUUACCAAGACAGAGUCACAGUAUGACUGGUGGGAGGGAACGCUUAACGGACGGACUGGAAUCUUCCCCGCUAACUUCGUCUCCUACCCCUGAACACACACACACACACACGCACACACGCACACACGCACACACACACACACACAGGUCUGUCACACACAUGGACACUUAUAUUGCUGGGAGUAAUGUUUUCAACACACUACAUGGACACUGAGGAAAUGCACGCAUAGUCACUAACACACUAACACACUACAUGGACACAUGAUGACACUGAGGAAAUGCACUAACACUCUAACACUCUCCACAAUGUAUGGGUAGCCACGCUGUCUUCCUAUUGGACUGUUCCUACCUGAACUUUACUCUUUGGCUCGCUAUAGUCCAGUUCACUAAGUUCAGCCUGCUUUUGAAGCCAAACCGUUCAAAACGGGGAGGGACCUACCUGAAUUUGUCCAAUAGAAACUCUUGUUUUCGUUGCACAAUGUUUUGCCUAAUGAAUACACCCCAGAUGUUACCAGCCAGCUCUGUUCACUUCUAGAGACCCAAACCAUGCUGGAAAGGGCGAUGUAGAAAGACAAUAUCCGAGCCAGUGCAGUACAGUUUGGGUCGGCGAAAUUGUGUGAAUAAAGGUACCAGUUUUAAAGCAUUGAACAGAAGAAAGGUGAAGUAAGGUGAUGUUAUCUUCGACGCUGUACACUGUUUAUAUAUUCUCACUCAUUAUUUUAUAUACUGUACGUCAAGUCACAAAUUGGCUGGCUUGACAAGGGUGUUUGACAUGUUACAAUGAAGUCAAUAGAUUAUUUUUAAAAAAUUGUUUGUAUAAAAUGCAUUAUAGAUUAUUGGGGAAAUCUGUAACUGCUUGUUAUUUAAUGUUCUGAACUAAAGUUUCUGGAAUUAUGUGCAGUAUUCUCUCCGUACUGCCAUUUGUAUAUGAUGCUGGAUCAAAGUAUUUAAUAUAAAAUAAUCUUGUUUUAACAUGUGUAUGUAAUGAUGAUUUGUACGGAUUUCUCUCUGAAUGUGGAUAUGAAUUAAAGAACCGUGUUGAA